AUGACAGCCGUCAUGGAACAAGUGAAUCUGUCCUGCUUCCAGCUGAGGUCAAAGGUCACAGCCAAUCCAAGUGUAUAUCAAACCUGGGCACUGAACAACACUCUGGCAGCCCGGCUCGACGGAUUCGACUCUAGAGCUCUGAGGAGGAUCACUGGCACCCGUUGGCACGAGCACGUGCGCAACAGUGAACUCAGGGAGCUGACCGGACAACCUCCUGCCUCCUCCCUUGCAGCCAUGAGAAGGGUUCGAUGGUACGGGCACGUCCUCCGGCUCCCUCCAGAGCACCCCACCAGAGCCCUGCUCGACUUCAACCCAAAGCAGGCAGGAUGGCGUCGCCCACGGGGGAAGCCCCGCACCCGCUGGAUGGACGUGGUGUCCCGAGAUCUGCGCACCAUUAACAUCACCCCCCACCAGGCGCAGCUUGCAGCGACAAACAGAGGAUGGUGGAGGUCCCUAGUGAAUUCAGUCGGCUCUACGCACCACGUGCAAGAGGAUGAGUGA